AUCUCUCUUUAUCUUUCAAUUCAAAUCACAAUGAAGUUACUUAGUCUUGGUGCAGCUGCCCUCUCAAUGCUCUGUCUUGUCGUUGCUCAAGAUGGAACAGGGUCCAUUCCUACAACUACAACAGCCAGCUCUUAUUCUUGUGAUCCCACAACUUGCAAACUUCCUACUUGUUUGUGCGCAUCUCAAUCACCUCCAAAUGGUCUUGCUGCCAAAGAUGUACCUCAGUUUGUUACAAUCACAUUUGAUGAUAGUGUUCAGCCAUCUCUUUUGGCUACUGCCAAUCAAUUGUUAGAUGUCAAAAAUCCUAAUGGUUGUGGAGCAAAGGGAUCUUGGUAUGUCUCUAUGGAGUACACUGAUUUCUCACUUGUUCAACAAUGGUACGCCAAUGGAAACGAAGUCGCAGAUCACACCUUCUCCCAUGUCGGCUCUCCCUCAUCACAAGAAAUUGCUGCCGCCAAAGCAAUGCUGCAUGAAUACGCAGGUAUUCCGCAAGGCAAAAUCAAGGGAUUCAGAGCACCAUUCUUAAACUACACCGCCGGUACCUUGUCCGAGAUUAGCCAACAGGGAUUCCAAUAUGAUAGUUCGGCUACAGCUGUUGUAGAUGAUUGCUACUGGCCUUACACACUUGAUAAUGGUAUGGCCAAUGAUUGCUGGACAGGAAUCUGUGAUGGUGCAGUCAAGUUACCAGGCAUUUGGGAAAUUCCUAUGUAUGCUGUCAAUGAUAAUGCCAGUGUCCCUCAAUUGAUGGACAAUUACUUGGCAGGUUCUGUUUCUGAUGUAACCGAGUGGUCUAAUACCAACUUUGAUCGCCACUACAAUGGCAACCGCCAGCCAUUUGGUAUCUAUGUCCACCCAACCCACCUCACCAAUUACCCAGGAUUACCCGACCCUAGUUCCCUUAGACAGGGAGUCAUUAGUUUUAUCCAGUCCCUGGCUGGAAAGCCCGAUGUCUGGUUUGUUUCCAAUGACCAAUUGCUGCAAUGGAUGCAAAAUCCUGUUCCUGCUAGUGAGUUGGCCAAUCAAUCUUACAUGAAGUGCGAACUUCCCAAUACUGGCAAGGAGAUCUGUAACGGUCUCGAGAAAAUCGCGAUCAGCGAUGUCGGUCUAGUUUCUUCUAGUCUUCUGAAUACCUGCAACUUCAAUGUCGCCAGCUGGGGUACAUGUUUCAACUGCCCUUCGGUAGCUCCUACACUGGCUACUCCUCUGCCCCCUCUUUCGGUCCAGAGCACUGACCCAUCCUACCGCCACCCUGUCCCUGACAACUGCGAUAGUAUCUGGUGGGACCCUGUUGCUGGACAAUGUUUGUGUACCACUGCCAGCUGUGCUUACAAAGAUGUGUCUGUCACCGUAAACACCACCACCGCCGGUACAACCAACUCUAGCAAGACUGCCACUUCUUCUGGGGCUGCUCAGUCUGCAGCCACUACCCAUGAAAAUGCAGGUGCUGUGCUGCUUCCUACCCUCUCAAUUGGCGCAGCCCUGAUGGCUGGUGCAGCUGCUGUCCUGAUGUAACAGCUGCUGGCUUGCUUACUUACCUAUUUACUCAGUCACUUUCAUAUAUCUCUUAAAUAUUUUUUUUUCAUUUUCAUUUUCUGCACCUCGCAAUUUCUUUAGUACAAGUAAUAUAUUCUUUUUCUUAUUCAUCUGGAUCUUCCAAGAUCAAUCUCUUUUCCUUUUUAUAUUUUAUUUUAUUUUUUACAAAAAGACAGCAGUCCCAAAGAGAUCUUAGGCACCAAGGGAAAUACACUAUACUAUACUAUACACUACAUUACAUUACACUACAUUAUACACACACACACAUACACACAUACACACAUAAAUACAUACAUACAUACAUAAAUAUACCUCUUUAUCUAUAUAUCUAUCUAUAUAUAUAUAUGUGCAAUAAAACUUCACCCUUGUUGUAAAAGUAUUUUUUUUUUCAAUUAUAAUAAAUAAAUAAAUAAUGGAUUUUGCCAAUCUAUAUC